CGCCUCUGUCCCACUUCCUCUUGUGCUCAGCAGACCUAUAAAAAUGCUGAAAGUUUUGAAAAGCCGCUGUUUUCUUCUGCCUUUGACAUCGCCCACAGCAGAUGAGUGUCAACAUGGACAUGAAGGAUUCUCUGGUUAACGGAGGUGUGAUCAUAACACACCAGAUCCGCGAAGGGAAACAUCACUAUGAAGUGGAAAAGGUGAUGAAGUAUAAAAAAGAGAGCGGGAGAAAAAUGUUCGUCAGGAGAGGUGAUAAGCUGAUGGAGAUAAAUGGUGUUGACCUGCAGGAUCUUACUCCCGAGGAGUUUGCCCAAAGAAUCUCUGAAGGGAUUCCGAUGCUGACAGUCCACAAACCAGAAAGGAAAAAGGGAGAAGCUGAGCCUCAGCUCCCUGGAGAGGAGACUUUACAACCCUACUCCAAGGAACCCAUCACUCUGAAUUUUAGCUGGGAGAUGACUAGAGAGGAAGACAUAGAAGAGGAAAAUCAAACAAGUGCAAAUGGAGGUGCAAGUAGAGAUGAGAGUCACAUGGAAGAGGGAGACCUGCUUGUUGUUCGUAUGACCAAUACCAGCAUCUCUGUGGUUAGUGGGAGGGGCUGUGAAGUCGGGACCCCCUGUAAAGGCUGUCAAGGGACGGGAUGCAUCUUUAAUGACAUCAUCGUGGUGUCAGAAUACAGUACUGUGACGCUCGUUCCUAGAGGAGGAGGAGGAGAUGCCACUUUCAGACAGGAAAAGAUGGCUGACGUUCUGGUUCAAAACGUAUCGACUUAUCAAUACCUCAGAGGAAGCUGCUCAGAGAAUAUUCUGUAUUCUUCACCAAAUCCAGAGAGGAUUACCAUCUACUACUAUAAGUCAUCUGCUAUGGACAAGUUUUUCAGGGGAAUGCCGGUGGUCCUGAACAUUACUGGCUCCAACUGCUUUCUUAGAUGCUGCAAGAAUGGGACCAAAGUCUUCCUACAACUGGAGACGUGUGAAAAGCAGAAGCUAAUGCAGAUCUCCAAGAGGGAUGAGGGCACCUACUCCUUCGUCUUCUACAUGAAGUCUGAUCGAACCAAACAGCGAAAAUUUGAGUCUGCGCUCUUCAAAGGCUGGUUCAUCCAUAUAGUCAACACAGACAUGGUGGAAAUGGGAGAGACCGAUAGAGGUGGGGAUUCAUCGUUCCUCUUCAUCAUUCAGAAGUAAUGGGGAGAUUUUCCCUCAAUUAAGUCAUUUUUGUCUAGUAUUUAUUUUCCAUCUGUGGUAACCAUAAGUCAGACUGUAAGCAACGCCUCAUUGGUGCUUUUUAAAAAUGAAAUUGCAGGAGAUUUUGUGACUCUGGUAAAUGACUCGGCUUAUUCUGUAACAUGUUACAUAUGUUUAAAUUUUAGCUUUUUUUAUCAGAGGUAAGUUCAAUUAAACUUUUUCAUGACAAUUGACUGCUGUUUAUUUCAAAUGUACAACAUCAACAUUUUAACCAAUGAAAGAGGCUAUCAAAUUCCUAUUUUCUAUAUAAAAUACCUUUGUAGAAUAUGAAAUGUCCCAAAGAGAGGCAUUUUAACUCAGCUUUAAACAUUCUAGCA